AUGCAUAUAGAAACUACAACUUCGGUACCUGAUAAUGAUGAGCAAUCAUCUGUUUGUUUUUCGGAUUUAUAUAAUCUCUUUGAAAUUAUUGGAAAGGGUCCAUUUAGUGUAGUUCGUCGAUGUACUAAUAAAUCAGGCGAUACGCAAUAUGCAGUUAAAAUUAUUGAUGUUGAACAAUUUACUGCAACACCAGGAUUUUCUGCUGAUGAUUUACAACGUGAAGCUAGUAUAUGUUCAAGUCUUAAACAUCCACAUAUUGUUGAAUUAUAUGAAACAUUUGAAUCUGAAGGCUGUCUAUUCAUGGUUUUUGAAUAUAUGGAUGGUGCAGAUUUAUGUUUUGAAAUAGAAAAACGUGCUCUUGCUGGUUUUGUAUACAGCGAAGCUGUAGCUAGUCAUUAUAUGCGUCAAAUAUUUGAAGCUGUUCGUUAUAUACAUGAUCGUGGAAUAAUUCAUCGAGAUUUAAAACCUCAUUGUGUUUUAUUAUCUUCAAAAGAAAAUGCUGCACCGGUUAAAUUAGGUGGUUUUGGUGUUGCAUUACAAUUACCAGAAUCUGGUUUAAUUCAAGCUAGUCGAAUUGGUACACCUGCAUUUAUGGCACCUGAAGUUGUUAAUCGAGAAUCACCAGGUUUUGGUCGACCGGUUGAUAUGUGGGCAUUAGGUGUGAUGUUAUAUGUUCUAUUAACGGGUACUUUACCAUUUGCUGGAACAAAAAAUCGUGUUUUUGAAAUGAUUUCAGCUGGUGUUUAUAGUAUGCAAAGUCGACAAUGGGAUCAUAUAUCUGAAUCUGCUAAAGAUCUUUGCACUCGUUUGUUAUGCUUAAAUCAAAAUGACAGAAUAACAAUUAAAGAGGCACUUGCACAUCCAUGGAUUCGAGAACGUGAAAAAUUUGCAGUACGAAAACAUCUACCAGAUACUGUUGACGAACUGCGUAAAUUUAAUGCAAGACGAAAAUUAAAAGGUAUAGUACUAGCAGCUGUCUCCAGUCCCCAUUGGUCUCAAUUACCGUUUCAUUCACUGAUGACAACAACAAAUUCAUCAUCAGAAUUACCAGGACAUGUGUUGACAACAGCAUCUUCAAAUGAUUUUGACGAUAUGGCAUCAUCGGCUGUUUCACAAAUACUUGAUUCAUUAGAAGAUACUCAAUGGUUAACCAUUGGUGAUCGUGUUGAACUUGAUUUUUUACAAAAAUUAUUCGAAGAUAAACAAUUACAAACAUUACUUGAAUUAUAUGAUCGUAUUAAUUCGGAUGAAAUUCGUCCAUAUAAUACUCCAGAAUCAAAUGUUGUACAAAUUGUUUCGGAUAUAAUAACAACUAUUGAACAAGGUUCUUAUCAACAUACAUCAGAAAAUGCACAUGAUCUUUUGAAAAUAUUACUUGAACCUCAUUUACAGUCUCUUCUACAAGCACAUGAUGUCGUUGCACAAGAAGUCUAUGGUGAUGGUGCCAUACGUGUUACACCAUCUUAUUUUGGUCAAAAUACAUUAACAUUAGAUGCGAAUUAUGAUCAUGAUUAUAAUGGUCAGAAUGGUAGUGGAUUAAAUGAGAGUACUGGUCAUGGUGGUGAUGGUUUAAGUGAUACGACAUGUGAUGUAACACGUAUACGACUUGUUCAAUUUCAACGAAAUACUGAUGAACCAUUAGGUAUUACACUUCGUAUGACAGAAAAUAAACGAUGUUUAGUAUCACGUAUACUUAAUGGUGGAAUGAUACAUCGACAAGGAACAUUACAUGUUGGUGAUGAAAUUAAAGAAAUAAAUGGACAACCUGUUUCAAAUCAUCCAAUACAAUAUUUACAACAAAUGCUGAAAGAUGCUCGUGGCAGUAUUACAUUUAAAAUUGUCCCUAGUUAUCGAAGUCAACCACCACCUUGUGAUAUUUAUGUCAAAGCUUUAUUCAGUUAUGAUCCAAAAGAUGAUGAUUUAAUUCCAAGUGCACAAGCAGGAAUUAAAUUUUCUAUAGGAGAUAUAUUACAAAUUAUGUCGAAAGAUGAUCAUAAUUGGUGGCAAGGCAAAAAAGCAAUGUCAUGUCGAAAUAUAGAUGAACGAAUGAUAAAUAAUUAUCAUGCAGAUUAUGAUAGUUCACCUGCAGGUUUAAUACCAUCACCUGAAUUACAAGAAUGGAGAAUUGCAACGAAUGCUAUUGAAAAAGCUAAAGAUGGAAGCGCUAACUGUGGUGUUUUUGGACGUAAACGUAAAGUAAUGAAAGAUAAAUAUUUAGCAAAACAUAAUGCUGUUUUUGAUCAACUUGAUUUGGUUACAUAUGAAGAAGUCAUACGUUUACCGGAAUUUCGUCGUAAAACUCUUGUUUUACUUGGUGCACAUGGUGUUGGUCGUCGUCAUAUAAAAAAUACAUUAAUUACUAGUCAACCAAAACGUUUUGCUUAUCCAAUACCACACACUACACGUUUACCAAAAAAAGAAGAAGAAAAUGGAAAAAAUUAUUACUUUGUUACACAUGAAGAAAUGAUGCGUGACAUAGCUAAUAAUGAAUAUUUAGAAUAUGGUACACAUGAUGAUGCAAUGUAUGGAACAAAACUUGAAACAAUACGUAAUAUUAAUCGACAAGGUCUUAUGGCUAUACUUGAUGUUGAACCACAAGCAUUAAAAGUAUUACGUACAGCAGAAUUUGCACCUUAUAUAGUUUUUAUAGCUGCACCUGAUCUUUCACAAAUCAAAGGUGUUAAUGAUGAAAGCUUAGAACGAUUAGUAAAAGAAAGUGAACUUUUACAACAAGCAUAUGGACAUUAUUUUGAUUUAGUUAUUGUUAAUAAUGAUAUUGAAGAAACAAUACGAGCUCUACAAUAUGCUAUCGAACGAGUUAGUCUACAACCUCAAUGGGUACCUGUUAGCUGGGUUUAUUAA